AUGUCCCUGUUUAUAUCCCUAUCUCUAAUUCUUUCUAUGUCACUAUCAACAUACCUAAGUCCCAGUCUACAUUUCUUUCAAUGUCACAGUGUGCACCUCUUUCUGUGUCAAAAUCUACAUCUCUUUAUGUCCCUGUUGCGAUGUCUUUGUCUACAUGUCAAUCUAUGUCACUGUCUACAUCUCUUUCCAUGUUCUGUCUACAUCUCUUUCUAUGUCCCUAGCUACACCUCCUUCCAUCUCCUGUCUACAUAUUCCUAUAUCACGGCCUACAUAACUUUCCAUGUCAAUGACUACAUGUCUUUCUCUCUCACUCUCUACAUCUCUUUCUAUACCCAUCUCUACAUCCCUUUUUAUAUACCUGUCUACAUAUUUCUGUUAUUCUUUGCCUAUAUUUCUGUCUCCCUGUCUAUAUCUCUUUCAAUAUCACUAUCUACAUCUCUUUCUAUGUCACUGUCUACAUAUCUUUCUAUGUCCCUGCCUACCCCUCUUUCUAUGUCCCUGUGUUCAUGUCGUUUUAUGUCCCUGUCUACAUCUCUUUCCGUGUCCCUGUCUACAUCUCUUUCCGUGUCCCUGUCUACAUGUCUUUAUAUGACAUUCUCUACAUCCCUUUCUAUGUCCCUGUCUACAUCUUUGCCUAUGUCCCUCUCUACACCAUCUAUGUCCCUGUUUAUAUCUAUUACUAUGUCUUUGUCCACAUAUUUCUUCCUCUCUAGACUAUAUUCAUUUCUUCCUUGUCCUCUAAUGUUGUAA